UGUGCACGUGAGCAAUCCACAAAAUAAAUGUUCUUUAAAUGAUCGAUUUAAGAUUUGUGUAUUUAUUAUUUUAAGCAAUAUUUAUGCGUUUAACAACAUUUUAGAAAGGACGCAUUUAACGGUGCAGUCAAUAGACAAUGGCUGAUGCAGGUUUCAGAGUCUUAUGGUAUCCCUGUUAUACUGAUAAAUUUGUCACACUUGGUCAUGGACAGGAUGUUAAGUUGUAUAAAGUUUCCAAUGUUUCACAGAAUUCAAUUCAAACAUCAAGUACCAUUGGAAGUAGUGAUAUUAAAAUUUCUGACAAGACCAAUGCUGUUCUUAUGUCAAGAAUUUCUCAUAUACCAUACAGAUGUGCAGCUUUAUAUCCCAAAGCUGAUUUGGAAAACAAGGCUUUAAUUGCAUUGGGUCAGCUGAAUGGAACUGUUACAGUCAGAACGUUUGAUCAAACAAAUGUUGGACUUUUAGAGUCUGAAAGAGAAUUUGUCCCUCAUCACCAAAGACCAUGCAACACCUUGGCUUGGAAUCCUAUCAGUUCGAAUUGGUUGGCAGCAGGGUUAGAAAAAGCUAGAAGUGGAGUCUCAUUAUGUGUGUGGGAUAUAACAUCAAACACAAACAUUGGCAAAUCUUCUGGAUCAAAUGAUAGACAAAGAUCCUCAACAAACCUUAGUGGUAGAAGUGGAUAUUCCAAUUUUUCCUCCGAAAGUCGUGUUAUUGAGGCAGGUCCGACGUAUGAAACUACUUCGGUCACUUGGUUUCCCACUGACCCGAUGACAUUAAUUGCUGGUCAAGGAGGCAAAUUUUUGAAAAUAUUCGAUGUUAGAGAUAAUCCGGAAAUGUAUUUCAAAGCAAAAUCAUUUACCAAUACAAAAGCCGUCUAUGGGGUUUGCGUUGAUCCAAGUUUGGAAUAUCGAGUGGCGUCCUUUGUUGAGGGCGACCAAGGAGCUGUUCUUGUUUGGGACAUACGUCAUUUUGAAAAACCUAUUUUAGCUCUUCCUGGUGAAAAUGUCGUCCAAAUUGAAUGGAAUCGAACAAGGUCGGGAUUACUGGCCUCCUUACAGAAAAAUACGAAUGUCGUUCACCUUCAUGACAUACAAUAUGGUUCAGCUGCUUAUGGAAACACAAGUCAUGAAGCUGAACCAACAUCUUUAGAAAGAAAUACAGUUGAGGUAGACUAUAAUAUUUCUGGAUUCAGUUGGCAUCCUUCGGAGGAAAAUAGAAUGCUUAUCAUAUCUCCUAAAGGGGGUGUUCGGGACCUAACGAUAUUUGAGAGAAUUUGUCUGAGCUGGUCUCCCAAAUUUUCUCUGUCGUGGGGCUGUGGUCGUCGUCUUAUUCAAUGUUGUACAAAGUCCGAAAUUGAUGAAGAUAUAUCAAUAAAAAUGUACAAGAGGGCUUGUGAGUCAUACGGUAUAGACUUGACCAAGACUAGAACUGUUGGAGAUCAACGAGUGGCUAAUUUAUGGACGUGGUUUGGCCGUGUUAGUCAAAUACAGAAAACAAUAGAUAAUAAAUAUAAGAUGAUCAAAUAUCCUGGAGUGAAGUCGGUAAUUUGUGGUGAAGCAAGUCAACAAAGUGUUUGCCAAAAGUCGAAGAUAUGCAAAGAUACCAGAUUGCUGGCGACGGUCUAUUACAGUGAUGAAAGGCAAAUUGCUCUUCAACUCUGCAACUGGAAUUUCAAUAUUGAUCCUGCUAUCAAUUUGAAGAGGUUUCUAAAUGGUUUGAAAUCACAGGGAAUGUAUGAAAGAGCUGCCGCUGUAGCUGUUUUCAAUAAUGAUAUUCCAACUGCUAUAAACAUUUUGAGUGAAGGUGCAACUGCAAGAAUCGAUAGAAAUUUGCCAAAAGAUUCAUUUCUCGGCAUGGUAGCGAUGGCUUUAUCUGGGUAUACAGUGGAAAAGAAAUCGCUAUGGAGAGAUCAUUGUUUACAAUUAUGUAAGAAGCUUUCUGAUCCGUAUCUUCGUGCGUUGUUUACAUUUUUGACCUCAGAUGAUGGUGGCUACGAAGAAAUGUUGAAAGACUGUGGCCUUGAGAUUGAAGAUCAAGUUGCUUUUGCGUGUAAAUAUUUGCCAGAUAGCAAGUUGGGGCCCUUCGUUAAUGAUUUGUGCAAGAAUAUGAUAAGGACUGGAAAUCUUGAAGGCAUGUUGGUAACAGGAAUGACAGAAGACGGGAUUAACCUGCUUCAAAGUUAUAUAAAUAUGACUGGAGAUAUUCAAACUGUUUGCUUGUUAGCUGUUAACUCCCUGUCAAACAAACUUUUUAAAGAAUCUGCAAAGGUCGAUAUUUGGAUCCAAACUUACCGUGAUCUGUUGGAUAGAUGGGGACUUUGGCAUCAAAGAGCUGAAUUUGAUAUUUAUCACAGUACCAAGGCUGGUGGUGCUCAAAUGAAGUCACAGCAAGUUCUAGUUAGCUGUACUUUUUGUAGUGAUUCCAUUUUAGCAAAGAACCCAGUUUCUCAAACUGUGAGGAGAUUGCGAUAUCAAUCUCCGAGAGAGAUUCCCACUAACAAAAUGAAGAGUUUUAGUUGUAAUCAAUGUGGUAAACCUUUACCAAGAUGUUCUCAAUGUUUAAUGCACAUGGGAACAACAUCGACACACUCUGAGGAUGCUAAGAAAACAUCAAAUGGCUCGGAGGGCGAAGAUGCUGUGGAUGAACGAAAGCUGAAUGCCAGUCACAUGUGGUUCACGUGGUGUCAGUCGUGUCGUCAUGGUGGUCAUGCCAAGCAUAUCUUAGAAUGGUUUGAAGAACACGCUGAAUGUCCAGUUAAUAAUUGCGACUGUAAUUGUAUGAGUUUAGAUAGUAUCAUUACCGUGAAAUAGCAAACGAAAAUCAGAGGCAAUAGGUAUGACCAAAUAUUCAUGUCACCAUGAUGAAAUAUGUCACUUGUAAUUUAUCACUAUUUUUUCUAAUUUAAAAUUUUUAAUAUUUAAAAUAAAGAAAAAUCGUGUACGAUCAUACGGUAAUCGCUAGAUUAGAAAUCGGCUGGAAGAGAAUAUAGGAAUGUAUCAAUGUAAGACAAUAAACAGUGGUUUAUUACGAUUA